AGAAAGUCCUCUCUAUGUUCCAUUUCAUCUCCCAUACUCAAACUCACUCUUUCUAAGUUUUUUCUAUCUCUUUCUCUCUCUCUGCCAUGGUUCUCUCCAAAACCGCCUCCGAAUCCGACGUCUCUAUCCACUCAACCUUCGCUUCUCGAUAUGUCAGAACUUCGCUUCCCAGGUUUAAGAUGCCGGAGGAGUCGAUACCAAAGGAGGCAGCGUAUCAAAUAAUAAACGAUGAGUUGAUGUUGGAUGGGAACCCAAGGUUGAACUUGGCAUCAUUUGUGACAACCUGGAUGGAGCCAGAGUGUGAUAAACUCAUCAUGGCUGCCAUUAAUAAGAACUAUGUUGACAUGGACGAGUAUCCUGUCACCACUGAGUUACAGAAUCGAUGUGUUAACAUGAUAGCUCAUCUUUUCAAUGCACCACUAGAAGAGACUGAGGCUGCAGUUGGUGUUGGCACGGUUGGCUCAUCAGAGGCCAUAAUGUUAGCUGGAUUGGCAUUCAAAAGAAAGUGGCAAAACAGAAGGAAACAAGAGGGAAAACCUUUUGACAAACCCAACAUUGUCACUGGAGCCAACGUUCAGGUUUGCUGGGAGAAAUUUGCAAGGUACUUUGAGGUGGAGUUGAAGGAGGUGAAGCUCCGUGAUGAUUACUAUGUGAUGGACCCUGAAAAGGCCGUGGAAUUGGUGGAUGAGAACACUAUUUGUGUUGCUGCUAUCCUUGGUUCAACACUAAAUGGAGAAUUUGAAGAUGUCAAACGCUUAAAUGAUCUCCUAAUUGAAAAGAAUAAAAUAACUGGGUGGGACACUCCUAUUCAUGUUGAUGCAGCAAGUGGUGGCUUCAUUGCCCCAUUUCUUUACCCAGAGCUUGAGUGGGACUUCCGGUUACCACUAGUGAAGAGCAUCAAUGUUAGUGGCCACAAGUAUGGUUUGGUCUAUGCUGGAAUCGGUUGGGUUAUCUGGAGAAGCAAGGAGGACUUGCCUGAGGAACUCAUCUUUCACAUAAACUAUCUUGGUGCUGAUCAACCCACCUUCACCCUUAACUUCUCCAAAGGUUCUAGCCAAGUCAUUGCUCAAUACUACCAACUAAUUCGCCUUGGUUUUGAGGGAUAUAGAAACGUGAUGGAAAACUGCAGAGACAACAUGUUGGUGCUGAAAGAAGGACUAGAGAAAACAGGGAGAUUUUCAAUUGUUUCCAAAGACAAUGGAGUGCCUUUGGUGGCAUUCACACUGAAAGACCACACCCACUUUGAUGAAUUCCAAAUCUCUGACUUCUUAAGGCGCUUUGGGUGGAUAGUGCCAGCAUACACCAUGCCCCCAGAUGCUCAACAUGUCACAGUGCUUCGUGUUGUCAUCAGGGAGGACUUCUCGAGGACUCUCGCAGAGCGCCUCGUGGCCGAUGUUGAGAAGGUUCUGCAUGAGCUUGAUUCACUUCCUGCUAGGGUCAUAAGCAGCACUAGUGUGACAGUCACUGCUGAAGAAAAUGGCAAGGUAGUGGUUGCUAAGAAGAGUGCUAUGGAGACUCAGAGGGAAAUCACUGCCAUUUGGAAGAAGUUUGUGUUGGAGAGGAAGAAGAACAAUGACAAGAUGAAUGGUGUUUGUUAGAGUUAGCUUCAAGGGUGUGUUGUGUUGUGUUGUGCCUAUCCCUGCCUUAUUCUAGUUCUUUUUUUCAUAUAUAUAUUUGAGGAGUAAGUACUUUUGAUUGAGUCAAGCUAUUUAUCUGAUUCGGUUGCUUAUUGAUGAGAGGCAAAUAUCAAACUGUAUUUUCAUCUGUAUAAGUAUGAUUCACUGUAUUUUUGACUAUUUUCUGAAUCAUGAAUUAUAUUUAUCUUCCAUAUGAUA